AUAACCACCUACAACCACCAGAUGCCAUACCACGCCGUUGAAGACUCCAUUCGUCAGACCAACAUACACAUUGAAAAUGAGCUUCUUGUACGCAUCGAUGUUUGCUAAACUAUAUGGAGCAGUUCUGUUAUUUUCUCUAUUGUUUGGGGUAAGCGGAAGUGACGACUUUAUUACCAAGUAUGAUAAAUACAAUAGUGUGUGUAGAAGAAUGGGAUAUCAAGAUAAAGGCUGUGAAGAAACAGACCACUUAAGACCUCGUGAUAGCCUACAAGAGGUAAUUGCAUUUCAUGCCCGGAUGUCGACAGAUCAGAAGAAUAUAAAAAAUAGGAAUGUCGUUGUAUUCGGUACCGUCACAUUAAACACCGGGAAAGCCUAUAACCCUACCGCGAGCAAAUUUACUGCCCCAAGCAGAGGGCACUAUUCCUUUACAUGGACCAUUGCAACUUAUCCUGGAGCUAUGUUUAACACGCAGCUGGUCAUCAACGGUAAAUCUGUCAGUUAUAAUCAUGUCAACGGUAGGGUAGGAGGGAACAAUUACGAGGCGGGAUCAUCAACCGUCAUCCUUAAAAUGGAGAAAAACGACGUGGUAUCAAUAUUAUCAGCUGAUACCGGAGAGUCCGCUCGUGGGUUGUGGUCCUCCUUCUCUGGUUUUAAAUUGUAAACAAAAAUAUCGCUUUCCAUGUAGACGCUUAGCAAAUAAACGAUACAUU